GAGGGGCAGGUGGUGAGACAGUAACCGUGGGGGUGCGCACAGGGGCUGCAGGCAGCAGCCAGCCUCCCCCACUGGCCAGGCAGUUGGUAUGCUCCAGCAUCCCCGAGCAGUUCCUUCUAGCAUCCUUCAUCCUUCAGGUACCAGCUGUCUGGGCAGUGCUUGAGCAGCCGAGACUGGAACCAGCCUUGGACAGACCUCUGACCUGACCGUUUCCAGUAGCUUUCUCUGUAUUAAUAAACUGCAUCUAUUGCUGCAUUGGACAUUUUCUGCUGUAACUGCCUGCAAGGUGGGGUACCCAUCUCAGGCAGAACGUGUGGGGUGUACCCUACUGACUCUACUUCCUAAGGCGGCUGCUUCGUGAGUCCUCAGAAUGAAAGGGGAGACCCCUGUGAACAGCACUAUGAGUAUUGGACAGGCCCGCAAGAUGGUGGAACAGCUAAAGAUUGAAGCCAGCUUGUGCCGGAUAAAGGUAUCCAAGGCAGCAGCAGACUUGAUGACUUACUGUGAUGCUCACGCCUGUGAGGAUCCCCUCAUCUCCCCUGUGCCCACUUCGGAGAACCCCUUCCGGGAGAAGAAGUUCUUCUGUGCCCUCCUUUGAGCUGCCAUUUUCCUUUCUUGGGUCCUUCCUUAGGUCAACUGCUUUUGUGAGCCCCAGGGGUCCCUGCAUCCCAUUCCUCCCCGUGUCCAGCCCUGUGAGGUUGGUUAUCUGAAGCACAAGGCCUUGCCUCACUUAUCUGUCCGCCCCAUCUCUUCUUCCACUUUGGGCAGAGUCCCAACAACCCCGGGAGUGACUGGAGGCUCCCUGCUGCUCCACCCACAGAAAGGACUGUCAGGCUGCCUGCUGUCCGUGCCCACUUCCUUCUGUGACCCACUCAGACGAUGAUGAUGAUGAUGAUGAGAGGGAUGGGCUGGGUGCUGCUCUCGGUCUCAUCUGGAGCUGUUGGCGGGGCAAAGCCAUUUGAAGAAUAAAAUGAUCACCCGCAGUCUCAGAGAACA